CACUGGCUGCGCUGCGAGCUAUCGAGAAAGUACCACCUCUAGCAGAGAAACAGCAGAUUGCGCGAAUUUUUAGCAAUAAAGGUGGAUUUUUUAAUAAUUCCGGCUUGCUCAUCACAAGUUAAGCCAGGUUUAAAACAACGAAAAUAGCUACACAAAUUAGCUGCAAUGAACUCCACUCAAAGCCCGGUUUAUCACACCUCCGUGGAGCAAAAGCGUCAUGCUCAAGAUGUGGCCAAAAGACAGCGGAUGGGCAAGCAAAUGCCGAGACUUCGCGAAAUGCUGCGACAGAAAUACCGCAAGCGCAUCAUAGAAACGCGCAAUAGAUGUACGGAUGCCAAUCGAGAAAUCCAACUGUCCGAACUCAGGGAAAUCCUGCGCCUGGAACUAAGCGAGCUGGAUAAGGAUGUGGAACUGGAGGAGCUGAUCCUGGAGGAGCUACUCUCGGAUGUCAACGAGUGGUAUGCCCUGGGCGAAAAGAACCUGGAAACGCUCUACGCAGAGCCAGAUGAGCUUCAAAAGGAUGUCCUGUGCCCAGUUUGUCAGAUUAAAAACCUACGUCAGCACAAAGGUGCCUUCAUCUGCGAGUGUGGCAUCCGCUUCGAGCACUCUGCCAACAUGGAACAGCUUCAGGUGCUGCUACAACAGCAAAUCGCCAGCCACGAGCUUCAAUGCACUCAGGCCCUACGAUUCUUCAUCGAACCCGCUUCGGGACACCUGUACAACAUGUGCGGCAGCUGCGACUACUUCUCCUCCGUUUAGGUCCUCCAUUGAGAUGGCUUCCACCGCUGACUGCUGCUAGCUAACCAAAUGUCUUCUAGGUUACAGGAUUUUGUUAGUCAAGUACACAAAUCCUAUUAGUUUAUACAACCAGUGAUCUGCUCAGAAGAUUUUUAAAUUCGAAAGAACUAUUUUGAUAUUAAAUUAUUGUAACAGUGAUAGAUAGUAUUCUUUCGUAAUAGGAUAAUACAUUAAUAUUGAUCCAAAGAGUAAUACGAGUUAUGGCUAGAAGUAAAAUCUUUAAGCACUCUAAAAUCAUGUAUUUUGUUAUUGCAGAACGGAUUAAAAUCUUAUUUAAGUUAUUCUAAGCUCUUACGAAAUUCAAACAAAACCCUUCUUCUAAUGUGACAAUUCUAGAAUAAGAAAAUAAAUGAUGUGCGAGAUUAAGUUUGUUGUUAGAAUUUUAAACGCAUUCUUCGAUUUCUUAACAUGUUUAACAAACCAUGUAAUUAAACUGCUAAUGGCUUAUGGUUUGUUA